GAAGUAAGUACUUUCUACCCACCCUUUUCCACCAAGUGAAACAGCUCUAUCUGUAACUACAUCCCACCUACCACGAGUGCUCAAACUACACGACCCAAAUAGUUGUUGUAGAGAGGUGAAGUAAAGUCUUGUUCUUACAGGCUACAGUAGAAGUUUCUAUUGCAGCAAGAAUUUCAUUUCAAAUUUUUCCACACAUACGUAGGAGGAGGAGCCAAAGGCUAUAGCAAUAAAACUGUAAGAAAGAGAGCAAAGUUUACAGUUGUUAUUCAAGUGUUUUUUUCACAGAUUCUUGCUUAUUGGAGGACACCCCAAGAAACCGGCAAGAUGACGACCAUCCAAGAGAAGUAUGAGCGGCCUUUGAUGUCGUGCAUGACGCAGACUCUGCCGGAGCUGAAGGAGGCUGAAAAGACGUGCAAGGUGCCGAAGACCGAUGUGGCAAACAUUAAGGCCCUGAUUGAGCACGACAACCACCACAACAGGCGCAAGAUUGAGAGCCUGAUCGGAAGAGGUAGACUAUGAUUCUAAUUGAGCAAAACCAAAAGCAAAAGCAUCGCAGUACUCGUAGUAUGAAUUGCAUUACAAAUAAUUGGCUCAGCAGAUGAAAUUUGUAAUGCGGAGUUACUUACCGUAAGAUUAAGAGCGAGAUUUCGAUUUGUGAUGCCUAACACGCUUCUACCUAAAAAUCAUAAAAACAGAAACCUGCUUCCGUCCGUACUUCAACACCACGCUCGACGAGCAGCGCGAGCAUGCGCUCCGCCGUUUGCAGGCCUUCUGUAAGGACAACAUUAUCAAAUGCAAAUAUGUCUGGGUCUGGAAGAUUGCAACUUGUGAUGCUGUCUCUGCAUGCUAAAAAAAAUCUGUAUUGCAUGACCAGCAAGAGGGGUCCUGUCCAGUUUGUGCUACAUGGAGAGGGUAUUUCUAAUGCGGGAUAGGCAUCAGAAAGCCCGCUAAAAAUAUGUGCUGCCAGGUUAUGCAUUACAGACGUGGAGGUCAUAUUACGUCAUGUAAAAUCUGCAUGACAAGUCUGGCACUCUUCCAGACCCAGACAUUUUUGCACUUGAUAAACAUCAUCCGAGUACAGGACUUUGAGGAAAACCCCAUGAACAUCUUCAUGGCCCACGAGACCUUUGCGCAGGUCGACGGUUCUUUUGCGACGAAGAUGACGGUGCAGUUCAACCUGUGGGGCGGCACCGUGUACCGGUUAGGAUCGGAAGAGCAGCGGCAGAUGUUCGCCAACAAAACCAACAGCUCGGAAGUGGUUGGCUGCUUCGGACUGUCUGAACUCGGCUACGGAAACAACGCAGUGGAGAUGGAAACCAUAUGCAUUGCAAAAGUAUAAAUCGUACUAAUACAGCAAAUUGCAUGACAAAUUUUCCCUGCAUGAAAAAUGGAGUUCUUUGUCAUGCUGCUUUAUCACCUAAGAAUAGAAAGGACAAGGAAAUUUGUCAUGCCUAUCCGGGGGCGCAACGCCAACGAGUUGUAUACGAGUGCGAUAUAAUUACUUUUGCACUCGAUAGACCACCGCGACCUACGAUCACUCGGACGACACGUUCGUGAUUCAUUCGCCCUCGGUUCUCUCGCAGAAGUACUGGAUCACCAACGGCGCCUGCCACGCCCACUACUGCGUCGUCUUUGCGCAGUUGAUCAUUGACGGCAAGCGCCAGGGCGUGCACGGAUUCAUCACGCAGAUCCGGGAUUUGCAGACGCUGAAGCCUAUGCCAGGUUGCAGGGUGGAGGAUAUGGGCCAGAAGGUCGGGCUGAACGGAAUCGACAACGCCAAAAUUUUGUAUAGAGUUUUACAUUUACUACUUUGGAGUUUGAAAGAGGCUGUUUCUGAGGAAGAUCAUGUUGCUUCUUUUCGUUUUCCUUUGUCAUGCACAAACGCGCAUCACGACCGGGUUCUGUAAUGUUAAAAAUGCACGAAAACCCCUUUAGAGUAUUGAACAACCCAUCUUCACAGGUUCGAGAACGUGAAGGUCCCCCGCACGCACAUGCUUUCCUCCUACGCCUGCGUCGAAAAGGGCGGGGAAUACAAGUGGAAGAUCGGCAAGCUGCCCGGUCUCCGCGAUCGGUUUCUCCGGUUGGCGGACCAACUGCUGUCCGGCCGCUUGUGCAUCUCGUCCAUGAUGCUGGGUGCGACGAAGGUGGUGUUAACCAUUUCCAACCGCUACAUGCUGACCCGACACGGCGUCGGCCCGAGCGGAAAGUCCGAUACCCCGAUUUUGGACUAUCAGCUGUGCCAGCACGAGGUGUUCCCAUUAGUCGCGCGGAUGUACGUAUCCCAAGAAGAGAAAACUGUGUCACUGUAAACUUGAUGCACGACGAGAGAUGGAGAUCGCAAGACAGAAGUUAUGUUUCUCAUGCUACACACCCCGCAAGACCACAGUGCAUUUGUAGGCGUCUUUUAUUGCCUUAGGAAGCACGCAUGGAAAAUCCAAAUUUUCCUUGUCAUGUAGAACGAACUUGUGAUGCAAAACUUGCAAAAUCCUUUACAGUGAAGCACUUUUUUCGUACGAUAGUACGCGACCCAAUUUUACCACAACUACGUGAAGCGGCGAUACGCGGAGAGGACAAAGUUGGGCAUGAACCCGAACACAGACCCAGCGGAGCUAUCCAAGGUCCACAUGGAGCUGGUAAUCCUCUGCUCGUCGGUCAUAUGCAAUACAAAUUUCCUGUACAUGCACAAGAUGCAUUACAAAUGUCACGAACUUGGAGCAUGCCACUUGUCAUGCUGAAUGGAAUUGAAAGAAAGUUUUGUCAUGCAGAAACCGCAUUUGUACAUGUACAGGAAAUUUACUGUGGAUAGGUCAAGCCCAUCGCGGCGUGGUUGUGCGAUAAGUCCGUAAUCACCUGUAUCCUGGGUAAAAACGUACCCACACCAGAGUUGUAAUGCAGAUUUGCAAAGACAGGAAGACUUGUAAUGCGCAUCACCAUGAGAGCCAUUUCCAAUCGUGUUUUGGAAUUUGUGAUGCUGUAAACAGGAUUAGAAGGUCGAUUUGUGAUGCGGCUUUGCUUGCUAACUUGCACUACCUUACGGACUGAAACUUGUCAUGCGUGACUCCUAAAACUCCUAGGCUUGUGUUGCAAAGUCCCCAUCUUGACUCUGGUGUGGGGACGUUUUUAAUCAGGAUCACCUGCCGCGAGCGGGUCGGCGGUGUGGGCUUCUUGGACGCGAACGGAUUUGGCGGCAUGUUCGCGCACGCUGGUAAUCUAUUGAGUGCUUCACGACCAUCUUCUACACGAUUAUAAUUCAGUGAUCUUGACGCAGCUGGUGAUUUUGUUCCCAUCGUUUAUUUUGUGAUACAGCAUGCUUACACAUGAUAGUGAUAGUGAUACACAUUAAGAUCAUCAAUGCCCAUGAUCGCUACACCCUGAACAACUAAACCGGAAUAAAAUGAAUAAAAGGUAUCACGGCCGAGGGUGAUGCGCGCGUCCUGUGCGCGAAGGUAACCAAAGAAUUAAUGGAGAUUCUGCAGAAGGGCACCUACACUAAUUCCCUGAAGCCCAUCGUUUCUACCGCGGAAUACAACGUCCCCUGGAAGAACGCCGUGCAGAUCGUGGCGGGCGAAGAUGAAACCAAGAUUGUGGCCUUCUGCCAGGAAUUGGAAAAGCUGUUCGCGAAGAGGGUCCAGAACGCGUAUCACACAGAAACAAGCAGGCAGGUCAUAUUUAUUUGUAAUGCAAAAAUAAAUACCCAGAAAAAUCUCUCAUGGGCGGCCCCAUAGCAUGCUGUUUUUUAGGAUACGCAAUACAGAUUUUUUGUGUAUUUAUUUUUGCAUCACAAAUGUGGCCUGCCGGCUUUUUUCUGUGUGAUAACGUGGCUGAUAUGUUCAAGAACAAGUUGACCGAAUUCAUGAUGAAGGGAGACAAGGCGUUCAGGUAUAGGUUGGUAAUGCAACUGGAGUGAAGAUUUUUCAUAAUUUAAAUUUUUCCGACAAUUACGAUACGCCCUGUGGUCUUUGUUUGUCAUGCGUGACUUGUCAAACAAAAUCGAAAAUCCCAAAAACAGGUACAAGAUCUACGACGCGAAUCUGAAGGAAUUUUCCGAUGAGAUCCAAUAUGAACUGCAAAAGUAUCGUACUAGUACAAAUCGCAAUACAAGUUGGCUCAGCAUUACAAAUUGAAUUUGUAAUGCGGAUUUACCUAACCAACUAGAUUUGUAAUGCAUAACUGCGAUUACUACGAGUGCGAUACUUUUGCACAGGAUAUCCAACUCGUCGCCGCAACUUAUGGCCAGUGGGAGUCGCUCCGCGCGUUCAACAAGGUGAUCUGCUCCGCGGGCACAGAUCCCGAUCUUUUGCACAACACGCAGACGUAUCAAAUGCAAAAAUGUCUGGGUCUGGAAGACUGCGAGACUUGUCAUGCUUGUCUGGGAUGACCAAAAAGUCUGUGAUGCGUGUCCAAGAAGAGACCCUUUUGCCUGUCAUGCAAAAACGCAGGCUGUCAUGCGAAAAACACAACACAAAGAAGCGCAGAUAUUUCUUAUGCUUGGCUGUGCAUUACAGAGCAUUCCCUAACCCUAUUCGCAACGCAGCAUCACAAGUUUCCAGACCCAGACGCUUUUGCAUUUGAUAAGACGCAGGUAGCCACCCUCUCCCCCACCGCGGUGAACAUGUUGGGCCGGUUGGCGAUCCUGUACGCGAUAUCCUGAGUAAAAAUGUACCUACACCAGAGUAGUUGUAAUGCAGAUUUGCAAAGACAGGAAGACUUGUAAUGCGCAUCCCCAUGAGAGCCAUUUCCAAUCGUGUUUUGGAAUUUGUGAUGCUGUGAACAGGAUGAGCAGAUGAAUCUGUGAUGCGGCUGCACUUGCUAACCUGCACUGCAAUGCAUAGCGCAACUUGUCACGCGUGACUCACAAAACUCCUAGGUUUGUGUUGCAAAAUCCCCAUCCUGACUCUGGUGUGGGUACGUUUUUCCUCAGGAUACGCGACGGACAUCUUGAUGGAGGAUUCCAUGUAUGCGGUCGAGUUGAAGAUUCUGAACCCGGAGACCGUAUCAAGAAGAAAAAUCCCCCCUUACCAUAUCAAAACGAAAAUCUGUGAUGCAGAUUUGUGGUCACAAAUCAGCUUUGUCAUGCUAGAAGGGAAAAGAUGGAUGCGGACUGUAGUGCUGCGUGGCGCUGGAAAGCCUUGCAUCUUCAGCAUGACAGGACGCAGCUGGAAGUGGGAAACAGCAUGACAAAUUGCCUGUGCCAAACGAGGCCACGACUGCGGCUCUUAGCCUUCUAGAAUUACAAGUCGACGACUUCUUGUGUAAGUACUCAAAUAUUACAGCAUCACAAAUUUCGUUGUCGAUAUGGGGAGCGAGGGGGAUUUUUCCUUUUGAUAGACCGAGCUCCCGUUUCUCCGCCCCCUGAAGGCGCAGCUGUGCAAGUGCCUGCGACCCGAAAUCGUCUCGGUCAUCAACUUAUGAACUGCAAAAGUGACGUACUAGUAUGAAUCGCAUGACAAAUUUCCUUAGCAUGAGAACUGAAAUUUGCAAUGCGGGUUUAACGUGAAAAAAAAAUUUGCAAUGCAUGAAUGCGAUUACUAAGUACGAGUGCGAUACUUUUGCAAUGCAUACAACGGGUUUGGAAUCCACGACGACGUCAUUUGGCGCCCCAUCGGCAAGGACUGGAAGACGUUUAACAAGGGGGAUAACUUCGGCGAAGUGGUGGAUACGGGACGGUAUUUGACAAACCAGUCGUAAGGACAAGGAGAAGGAGGGAUCUUAUUUUCAUCUUCGGGGGUUGUGACAUUGAAACUCAAACUUUGAAAACGAAGAGAAAGGGAUUCUCUUUGCUAAUCUUCGCCAAUCAAUGCUCAGUUUUUACUACAUUUUUCAACUUUUUAUCGCCACAAGUUUGUGGUCAGAGGACACGAAAUUCUCUGGAGUAGUACUCUUGAAGAGUGAAUACUUCGUGAAUUAUAUUCUAUCCCAUUUGUUCGUUAUUUUCACACCAGCAAUAAAGGACAAGACUUAAGGUCAAUAUACUCUUGAUAAUACGCAUAAGUUACAACUACCGCAAAGUAGCUGCACAGCCGCGUACUAGUAACAGACUAGUGCGAUCGCUGUGGAAGUGCAGACGAACAAAAAAAAGUCACACCCAGGUGGUCGUAGAUCAAUUACUACCCUGUAUGCAGAAGGCCGUGCUUGCUCGUAGAAACGACUUUUGACAACAACGACACGUCGUCCCCGCAAGAAGAUGAAAGAACUGCAUAGUUCGCGACGUACAGUCCAAGUUUUGCGAGCAACGGAAGUGGUCCUUUUUUUCCAUAUCUCGAAAACGAUCUUCGAGUACUCAAGAAAGGUACCCGUGUAGAAUAGCUCCCUGAUAGAAUGGCAGAAAUAUUUUUGUCGUCACCUCCACCACGGCCCGUGACUUAUUAUUUCCGUUCUUUUUCCUUAACAAGAUCACGAUCAGUCAGCUGUUUUUCGUUUAAGAACCUCCCGCACGACAAGUUGUGACAUGGUCCAUUUCAUCCUGAGCGUAUUUGUAUUGCAAUUUUAUUUUCACACGAACAACAACAAUUUUCCGAAUUUCCAUUUCACAGCACAAUAAAUUCUUUGUAUCAACGGUAAAGAUAUCUGACGAUAUGAUAGAUAAUUUUCAGCAGCAUUCGUAUGGAUGCCUGGGGGUUGCAAUAUGGAAAAACUUUUGCACGGUGUGGUUGCUCAACACCCGUAAAAAGAACGCCAUGUUAGAAAAAGGAACCACGAGGUGAACGUCGACGUUGCCAUGCGUUUAUUUCAAAGGGAAAAAGGUAAAACCGGACAAAUCAUAAUUACAAUGGGAAGCUGCAUGGACAGAAAUAUGAAUAUGGGAAUAAGCGAAAUCUUCAUGUAUCUAAGUCCCAUGAAGGAACAUCAAAGGCAAGACAAGGAGAAACAUAAAAAGAGAAAAUCCCGAUGAGAAAUGAACCACUCGCACGAUACGCGUAUGCAGACAAGACUUUUAUUUCAGUGGAGCAUUUAACAAUCAGAAU